AGUAAGUUUAUUCGCUUCUCUGGGUUCUCCCGAAGAAAAAAACGUUUCUCUGGGUCCAGGGAAGGAGUUCUCAACCGGAAGUCCUGCCCCCGGACUUGAGCGCUUCCUGUUUGGUAACUAAGGGCGCGAAACGGUUGCUUGAGCACAGGUAGCAAUUACUCCCGAGCUUCGCGAGUGCCUGGGAUUACCUCAGGUGCUGUUCACGGGCGAUACGAGAAGGUGACUCUUUCCUCCUCCGGACGUUUUCUGGAGUCCCCUCUCCAUUUGUCAUCAUGAGUAGUGAAUUUCUGGCGGAGCUGCAUUGGGAGGAUGGGUUCGCCAUCCCGGUGGCGAAUGAGGAGAACAAGAUACUGGAAGACCAGUUGUCAAAGCUGCAGAAUGAAAAGUCAAGCUUGCAAGAUCAGCAACGUGACUAUGAAGAUCGAAUUAAUGCUAUGACUUCUCAUUUCAAGAAUGUCAAACAAGAGUUCUUAUUUACACAGUCUCUUUGUAAAGCCAGGGAGCAUGAGAUUGAAAGCGAAGAACAUUUUAAGAUUAUUGCUGAAAGAGAACUGGGACGAGUGAAGGGUGAAGUUCAGCGACUGGAAAAUGAGAUGGCUUCAAUACGGGAAAAGAAAAGUGAUAAGGAAAAUUAUAUAUUUAAAACUACUCAAAAAUUGGAUGGUUUGAAAUGUCAAAUGAACUGGGACCAGCAAGCAUUGGAGGCCUGGCUGGAAGAAUCAGCUCGUAAAGACAGUGAUGCCCUCACUCUUCAGAAGUACGCAAAACAAGAUGAUAAUAAAAUUAGGGCACUGACCCUGCAGUUAGAAAGACUGACUGUGGAAUGUAAUCAGAGAAGAAAGGUACUUGACAACGAACUUGCAGAGACUCUAAGUGUGCAGUUAGAAUUGGAUAAAGCAGCACAAGAUUUUCGUAAGAUUCAUAAUGAAAGGCAAGAACUCAUUAAACAGUGGGAGAAUACAAUAGAACAGAUGCAGAAGAGAGAUCGAGACAUCGAUAACUGUGCCUUGGCAUUAGCAAGGAUAAAGCAGGAAAUAAGAGAAAAAGAAAAUUUGGUUAAGGAAAAGAUCAAGUUUUUGGAAAGUGAGAUUGGGAAUAAUGCAGAGUACGAGAAAAAAAUUUCUGUUGCUGAUCGUAAAGUUUUAAAAUGUAGAAUGGAAUAUCAGCGUCAUGAAGCUAACAGAAUUCAGCUGAAAGAUGAGCUGGAUUCUUUAAAAGCCACUGUGAAUAGAAGUUCCAGUGAUUUAGAAGCUCUGAGGAAAAAUAUUUCCAAAAUAAAAAAGGACAUUAGUGAAGAAACAACAAGGUUAUACAAAAUUAAAAAUCAUAAUCAGAUUGUAAGAAAAAAAUUAAAGCAUAUAACUGAGAAAACUAUGUCUGUGGAGGAGAAAGCUACUAACUUGGAAGACAUGCUAAGGGAGGAGGAAAGAGGUGUAAAGGAAGUAGAAGUUCAAUUGAACAUAGUGAAAGAUGUGUUAUUUAAGAAAGUCCAGGAACUACAGGCGGAGACAAUGAAAGAAAAAGCUGUUGUAUCUGAAAUUGAAGGAACCCGUUCCUCUCUAAAGCACCUCAACCAUCAGUUACAUAAACUGGACUUUGAAACCUUGAAGCAGCAAGAAAUUAUGUACAGUCAGGAUUUUUACAUUCAACAAGUGGAACGCCGAAUGUCACGGUUAAAGGGAGAAAUUAAUUCAGAAGAAAAACAAGCACUUGAAACAAAAAUUGUUGAACUUAAAAAGACAUUGGAAGAGAAAAAAUCUACAGUUAGCCUUUUGGAAACAGAGAUCAAGAAGCUUCAUAAUGAUCUUUACUUUAUCAAGAAGUCAAAUAGUAAAAAUUGUGAUGAAAAGCAGUCCCUCAUGACCAAAAUAAAUGAAUUGAACCUUUUCAAUGACAGAUCAGAGAAAGAACUUAAUAAAGCCAAAGCUUUGAAACAGGAUCUGAUGGUAGAAGACAAUCUUUUAAAACUUGAAGUUAAACGUACUCGAGAAAUGCUUCACAGUAAGGCAGAAGAAGUUCUUUCUCUGGAAAAAAGAAAGCAACAAUUAUACUCAGCUAUGGAAGAACGGACUGAAGAAAUUAAGGUUCACAAAACAAUGCUUGCAUCACAAAUACGAUAUGUUGACCAAGAACGGCAAAACAUAAGCACUGAGUUUCAUGAGCGGCUAAGUAAAAUUGAUAAGCUGAAGAACAGAUAUGAAAUCCUUACUGUUGUUAUGCUGCCUCCUGAAGGAGAAGAGGAGAAAACACAGGCCUAUUAUGUAAUAAAGGCUGCUCAAGAAAAAGAAGAACUUCAAAGAGAAGGUGACAGUUUGGAUGCUAAGAUCAACAAAGCUGAAAAAGAAAUCUAUGCUCUAGGAAACACUUUGCAAGUGCUGAACAGUUGCAACAACAAUUACAAACAAUCUUUUAGGAAAGUGACUCCAUCUAGUGAUGAAUAUGAGCUAAAAAUUCAACUAGAAGAACAAAAAAGAGCUGUUGAUGAAAAAUACAGAUACAAACAAAGACAAAUCAGAGAACUACAGGAAGAUAUCCAGAGCAUGGAAAAUACUUUAGCAGUUAUAGAGCAUUUAACAAAUAAUGUUAAAGAAAAAUUAUCAGAGAAGCAAGCUUAUGUACGUCAACUAAGUAGAGAAACUGAGGAGCAGAAGCCAAAAUUAGAGAGAGUAACUAAACAGUAUGCUAAGCUCACCAAGGAAAUCCGUCUUUUGAAAGACACAAAAGAUGAAACACUGGAAGAACAAGACAUUAAACUUCGUGAAGUGAAACAGCUUCACAAGGUCAUUGAUGAAAUGUUAGUUGAUAUCUCAGAAGAAAAUGCUGAAAUCGGAAUUAUCCUUCAAACAUACUUUGAACAGAGUGGUUUAGAACUACCUACAGCUAGUACUAAAGGCAGUCGUCACAGCUCUAGAUCUCCUUCACAGACUUCACUGUUAUCAGCAAGGUCAUCUAAAAGUACAAGUACUUCUGCUUCUCAGACUUCGAUUAAAGUAUUAGAGCUGAACUUCCCAGCCUCUCCACUAACUGGCAGCACUUCUAGACCAACUAGUGCUAGCAGUGGCUCCAGUAAUGGUAAAAGCAAAAAAAGCACCAAAUAAACAUUUUAAUCUCUUUUUUGAACAAGUUGUAAAUGCAAAAACAAAAAUCUCAUAAUUUUAAAAUAGUAUAUCCCACUCUAUGCUUUCGGGUGCCGUACAUUGGUAUAGAGGCCUACUGAAAUAGUGUUAGAGGAAUGAAAUGACCAGACAAAAGUUUUAUCCAGUGGAAAAUAUAAAACUGUUAAAAAUGAUUUAAGAGUCAUUGUACUAUAUAGAGUUUAUAUUAUUACUAAAAUUCUCUUUUACCCUAGAAGAUCUUGAAGUUAGCUUUUAUUAAAAGAAACAUAUUUUCUUUGUGGAAGAAAUUUGUUGUUUCUUCUUUUAGCAUAAUUUAAAAAUUCUUAGCCAAAAAAUAGCAUUAUCUUCCCUCAGCAGGAAAACGAUUGGUAGGAAAGAGAACCACUAUAUAACAAUGAGUGCAGCUUAAAUUUCUAGAAAGUAGUCUACUCUGAUCUUGAAAGAAGUUACACAAAGAUUUUGCUCUCAAGAUGCAGCCAAGAAUGUAUUUUUAAGAUUUCCCUGAUUUAAUAAACAACUUCAAGACAGCUAGGUGUGACUUGACUUGCAAUAGGCAUUUCAUAAAUUUGCAGUGAAGGCAGACAACCAGAUUAAGAAUUAGUUAUUCUAGUCAAUACUUUUAUUACAUAUGCCCAACAUUUGGAACUCUUGGAACAGAGUGUGAAGGAUGACUAUGUUAUAAAAUUGGUUUUCAAAUAGAUGUAUCAGAAUCUAUAUACUUAAAUAAGUACUGUCUCUUUCAAUCUUUGGGAAAAAAUAUUUGUUAUGACAGCUGUCAUUGCUUAGAACUGUCAUUUGCAAUUCCUUCUGAAAGGCAGGAGUGGUGUAAACCUGUUUCUCCUGAUCAUUAUUUGAGUAUUUUAUUAUUAUUAUUUUUAGAAAUAGCCAGCAAAAGGCAUGGCCAAGUCCAAUGAAUAAGAUGGGUAAAAAGCUGAAUUUUUUUGGUAAAACAUUGUUCUGAUGAGUGAGAUUUAUUUUAUAAGACCUAAGAAUUGAUUAAUCUUAUGGUCACUUUGAAUGUUCACUAAAGUUCUUAUUUUCCACCCUACAGUACUUUGUAAACUACUUGGAAGUUGAAAUAUUAAACACCGUAUUUAACGAAUCUAUGAAACACUGAAGGGAUUAUGUCUUACUAGUUCUGUGACCUUGGGAAAGUUACUUCUCUAUGCUUUCUUCCUCAUUUAUAAUAUAGAGACAGUAAGUUACCUCUAUCAAGUUUAUUAAAAUAAUCAGGUAUUAUAUAUAAAAUGCACAGGUCCUGACACAUAAGAAUUGCACAAUAACUUCUACCUAUUACUGAGUCACCAACCAGUCUAGCACAGUAUUUGUGGAAUGGUUAGGUUCUCAGGCCAGCAUACAAGCCUGCAUUUAACUCUUACAGUAACAUUUCCAACCUCAGUGUAAUGUUAAAUGGUUAGACAAUGGAUCAACCCCGUUAUCUCCAAAUGCGAAGUCAUCUUAACAUUCACCUGUUGUGUCAGAAAGUCAUCUACUUAUGGAAACCAAGAUACAGCCUGGGUAUGUACAAACUAUAGACAUAAUGAUGUUAAGGGGAAAAAAAAUUGCUUAAGAUACCACUAGGGAUUCUUAAUAAGUAAAUCCCCCCCCCCUUUUUUUUUUCUGUGAUGGGUUUCUUUUAUGUUUACGAUUAAUAUGUCCUGGGAAAGCAGCUUUGGGGAAGAUGCAAUUUCUAAAUUUAGGCAGGCUGUUAUGUAAGUUACUAUCCUAAUUUUUUUGUACCUGAAUCUAACAGUAAACCACAAAGAUGCUUUGGAAAAUGACAAUGCUGGUUGACAGUG